CUCAUCCUCAGCGCCGUAGCCUGCGACCAGCACCUGCACACCCCCAGGGACUUCUUCCUGCUGCACCUCUCCCUCACAGACCUGGGCUGCAUCUGCACCACUGUGCCCAAAGCCAUGCACAACUCCCUCUGGGGCACCACAACCAUCUCCUACACAGCAUGUGCUGCACAGGCCUUUUUCUUUUAUUUUUUUAUGUCAGCAGAGUUUUCCCUCCUGACCAUCAUGUGCUACGACCGCUACGUUGCCAUCUGCAAACCCCUGCACUACGGGACCCUCCUGGGCAGCAGAGCUUGUGCGCACAUGGCAGCAGCUGCCUGGGCCUCUGGGUUUCUGUAUUCUCUGCUGCACACAGCCAAUACAUUUUCCCUGCCCCUGCCCCAGUUCUUCUGUGAAAUCCCACACAUCCUCAGGCUCUCCUGCUCACACUCAGGCUACCUCAGGGAAAUUGGGCUCCUUGUGGUUAGUGCCUGUUUAGCAUUUGGCUGUUUCAUUGUCAUAGUUUUCUCCUAUGUGCAGAUCUUCAGGGCUGUGCUGAGGAUCCCCUCUGAGCAGGGACGGCACAAAGCCUUUUCCAUGUGCCUCCCUCACCUGGCCGUGGUCUCCCUGUUCCUCAGCACCGCAUUCUUUGCCCACCUGAAGCCCCCCUCCAUCUCCUCCUCAUCCCUGGAUCUGACCCUGUCAGUUCUAUACUCAGUGGUGCCUCCAGUGCUGAACCCCCUCAUCUACAGCCUGAGGAACCAGCAGCUUAAGGAUGCCAUAAGGAAAAUGAUGACUGGAUGCUUUCAGCAGCAAUAAAGUGCCUGUAUCCUGGUGUGUAGCAUUCAGAAGGGGACUCCGUAAUGGUCCAGCCUUCCUGCUCAGGUUUUUCAUGGAUGUCAUUGGGUUCUUCUUGCAAUAAAUUCCUGUGCAAAUAUAUAUUAUUAUGCAUCUGCCUUCUAAUUUCAGUGUCCACCCAUUGAUUUUGACCCAGAGAUGUA